AUGACAUAUUGGGAAACAAGGUCCACUAUCCAAUUAGAUAUCAUCUGUGGGGAGUCCGAUCUCAAUGUGGCUAUCUCUUUGUCUAGGUCAAAAAUCAGUGAAGAUGAUAAGAAAGCAUCCAAAGUUGUCCUUGAAAAGGAUAAAGAUAAAGCAGCAUUCAUUAUUGAUGCAGAAGCCGAUGGAGAAGAUAAUCUGAAAUCCUACCUUGAAGGGAUGAUCAAACCUCCCACAUCAACAGCUACCACAUCAUCAGAAACAAAGAUUCUUGCAAAGUUAGACGCAUUGGAAAUUAAGAUUGACGCCAAUCGCAAGGAAGUUGAUGACAUCAAGCUUUCACUUAUCCCCAAGAAGAAAUCUGUUGCAUUCUCUGAUAUGACCCAAGCCAAAUGGGAGACCAUAAUUGAUUUUACUGGUAUCGACUUCAAGGAGGAAGUUAUUCAUGUGAGCCCCGACAAACUUCAACAAGAGGCAAUACAACCAUUCGUUUGGAAUCCCAACCUGAAUAAAGUAGAUCAAAUGGAGCCAGCUCUACAAUGGCUUAAAACCAAUUUUCCACUUCCUGCAUCACUUGAAACACCUCUCGUUUCUUCCAUUUGCACUGAAGGGUACACCAGACUUUGUAGUUGCUCCUCAAGGGAUCAAACACUUUCUGACUCAGCUGUUCUUGGUCUUUGA